UUCCCCUUCCUUCGUGAGAGUAGUAUGCCCUUUUUGAUGGCGCUGCCGAUGUAAAUAGAAAAAUUACGUCACAGUGUGGACGCCAUACGCUUAUCAGUUUUCCCAAGUAUUUCGUGGUUUACGGUUUCCAAAUUCUUCACAAUUUCCUGCCUUUUAAAGUUAAUAUUGUUUUCGGUUUAAUGAGGAGAGAAGGUGGUGACACACAACAUUGUUUAAGAAAGGAGGAGAGGUUGUGAAGGUUUGACUGACUGGGGUCGACCUCAACCAGUCGAGAAUCAUGACUAUCAAACCGAAAAAGAAAAAUAUCAAAGAAAAAAAUGAUACAGAAACAGCUGAUCCACACGCAGCAGUUGGACAUGGUCAUGCCCUUAACCAUGCUCAUGGACAUUAUCAUCAUAGCAGUAACUCAGAAAGUCGCCUUGAAAAGACACCAAGGGUACGAACGUCUCCAACUCGAUGGCUACCUUCUACAUCUGGACGAGAUGAUCUAGCUCACUCUCAUCCAGGAUUGUCCCAGACUUUAUCAUCAAAUGCAACUUAUGAAUUUGAUGCUCAUGACCCACCUUCAAACCAUAAAAGACGGCAUCGCUCUUCCCCUCAUAGAACAGUGAGAAAGCAUCGUAAUAAUCAUGCUCCUUCUGUGAUUCCUAAUCCAGCUAAUGUAGCUAACAACCCAAAUAACAUACCACAUUUGACUGGAAAUGUUGAAGACUGUGAUGAAGACUAUAAUAGUGAAGAUGAGCAUAGUCAACCACCAGCAGUCCCUGAAAAUAUCAGUGAGGUUUGUACAAUCUAAGUCUGUCCAUUCUCAUUGACAAAACAAAGUAGUUAUUCGGAUCCAGUAAAUAGUGAGAGGUUGUGUUUAUUAAAAAAAUAUUUAAAAUAUUAUUUUGGGUUUGUAAGUGUAAGACAAAAUUUGGUAUCAAACGAAACCCUUUAAAAAACCCUUGAAAAUUACUUUGGAUUUUCAGGAUCAGUUUUGGCUUGGUUUAGGUCUUACCUCUCAGAUAGAACGCAGGCGGUUGAUGUCGGUGGCUGUCUCUCCGACAGUGCUGACGUGGUGUACAGAGUGCCACAUGGGUCUGUUUUGUGCCUGGUUCUAUUCACAAUGUAUAUCAGACCACUGCUCCUCUUGCUCGGGAGGCAUUCUGUGAAGAGCCAGUCAUUUGCAGAUGACACGCAGCUAUACAAGCAUACCCAUCCCUUUCUUAUUGAUUCUGCUGUCCGGACUUUGCGGGAGAGCAUUGAUGAUGUCAAGACAUGGAUGACACUCAGCAAGUUGAAGCUUAACAAUGACAAGACAGAAGCACUCUUUAUUCACGAUCACAAAUCAUCCUCUAACUCAGCUCUCCCCACUUCAUUUCAUGUAGUUAACUUGGACAUACAGUUUACAUUCUCCGCUAGGAAUCUUGGUUAUAUUCUAACAUGUCUCUUGAUAAUCAUAUCUCUCACAUUUGUCGCUCUGCAUAUGCUGCUAUUUGUCAGAUUAGCUCCAUCUGCCACUACCUCAGUUAGCACUAAAGCCCUAGUCUGUGCUCUAGUUCUCUAUCGUCUUGAAAUUGUAACUCUCUCCUCUUAGGCUCACCAAAACACUUCAUUAAAAAAUUUUUAAAAGUUCAAAACUGAGCUGUAAGGCUAAUUCUAAAGGCAAAAAAACGUGAUCAUCAUGUCACACCACUUCUUCAUUCACUUCAUUGGCUCCCUUUACAAGCAUGGAUUGACUACAAACUCUCUGUUCUCUGCCACAACUUUUUCUCAAAUUCCUGACCUUCCUAUCUAACCGAACUUCUGUCUAUUCACCCCUUCGACGCAGACGCGCAUAUUCUUUCUGUCCCCAAGACUCGCACAAAAACAUGCAGUGAACGAUCUUUCUCUUUCUGUGCCCCCAAAAAUGUAAUUCUCUUCCACUACACAUUCAUAAUAUAACAACCAUCACAGCCUUCAAAAUUGCACUCAAAACACAUCUCUUUAAACUCUACUAUCCUGACUGAUUCUCCCCCUCUGUUUGAUAAACGAUGCUGCUGAGUGGCUGUCCAUGGCUUGACAUGUAAAUAGUUCUUGAAUAUGUGGAGUGAAUAUACAUUUGUUUUGUUUUAUUUAAUUAAUGUAUAUUAAUUUUUAAGUUCAUGUUUAUUAUUGUUAAAUUGUAUGUACAGCGUGGUGAGCCCAGCCCUAGACUGGGGUUCUAGGGCUGGGUGACAGCACUAUAUAAAACCACUAAUAAUAAUAAAAACAAUUGAAUGGAAUACGUGUUUGUAAACUUACUUCUUCAGUUUAACUAAAAUAAACAACCGCCAAUAACAUCCAAAAAGCCAUUUAUUUUAGUCUAAAGGAACCCUGGUCCAAAUAACAGCUAUCUAUCGGUAGAGGAUGUGCCAUGUGUGUAUUUUUAUGUGUUAUAAAAUUUGUUAUUUUUGUUAUUAAAAAUAAUUUUAUCUCUUUAUAACUAUAUCUACAUAGGCAUAGGAUUACAUUACAGUUAACACAAAUGCACAUAACAGAAAUUUAGUCACGACCAAUGUUCCCUUUAAGCUGCACGGCUGCGCAGCUAUCUCAGACGCCGCGCAGCAAAUUUCCAUAAAAGUGUGUGUUUGUGUUUGUUGGCUGUAAAAUUUUGCACACAAAAAAAUUGAUGCUGUAAAACUUUGCACACAACUGUAUGAUUUUGCACACGAAUCAACAAACCUUAGAGGCAACAUUGGCCAUGACCACAUGUAUUUUAGCGUGGUUACCAGGGUCAGGGAUGAUUUAGAAAUAAAAUCAAGAGGCUGUUUAGACUGGUUUUUUUAUGCUAAAACUAAUCACAUAGAUAGGCCAGGGGCAUAGCUGCUAUAAUUAUUGGGUUGAUAAAGUUAAAACAUAUUUAUUUUUUUAAUAUAAUGAUAAUAUUGAAUGACCUAUGUCCUUCAUACUUCAAUGAAAGUUUCGCAUGGCUAAUUGCUUUACUUUAAAAAAAGUUUAAUUCAGGCCCUAUCCUAUUUGGCCUCUUUAUUUUUCAGGUGUGAAAUAACGAAACUAUUAGAAGUGUAUAUUAAAAUGUUAAAGUUUUGAUAAUGUAAUUUCAAUGUUGAUUUAAAUGCUCACAGCUCGAGGAAUGGUUUGAGCAAGCUCUGAAAGAAAAAAAAGGAUUUAUCAUUAAGAAAAUGGGAGAAGAUGGAGCGUGUUUAUUUAGAGCAGUUGGUAAGUAAUAUAUUUUUCUUCUGUUUUAAUUUUAUUACUACCCAGUAAAUGAAAUCAAACAUAAAUCAUAGAAAUGUAAUAUUGCAGUUUAGGCAAUAGGGCCGAUGGCUUUUUUAAAUUAUACCUUAAACUAUUGGUCUGACACUUUUAUGGUUAUAAAAUUCCCCUCAAAAGUGAUAGAAUCAAAGUCUUGGUUGCCAAUGAAAAGAUUAAUUAUAUCAUGUAGUAACUGAAAUGGCCAAAAACAAUCACUGACUGUUGUGUGGUGUCAUACUUAACUUAUGUAUGCUGUAGUCUAUAAAGAAUUCUAUAAUAAAAUAAUUAAGUACUAACACUUUCUACGCUCAUUGAAUGAUGUCAUUUUCUCAAAUUAGUUGUUAAAUUCUGUUUGAACAAUAACAAUUGUGAAUUAUUUUGAGAUGGUCGGAUAUUCAAUCUAAUUCAGAACCAUGCCAAAAUAUAGAUAUGAUUGUUUUGUUAUCACAGAGUUUUACAUUUUCUGUCUGAACCAGUUUAGUAGUCCUUAAUAUUUAAGUAAAAUUGGGUCUUACAGAAAAUAACAAGAAGAAGAGUCACUAUUUAUUUUUUUCCUUUGUAUUUGUUAUUUUAUUGAGAAAUGUGUAGACUCUAUGUCUUGUUUAUUUUAGAAAAUUUAAAUUGUUGAUAUUUUUCUUCCAAGCUGACCAAGUUUAUGGGGACCAAGAGAUGCAUGGAACAGUCCGAAAACAUUGUCUGGACUACAUGGUACCCAUAUUUUUGUUGAACACAUUUAAUUACAUAGUAGUUGAGUGGAACAGUUGGUGCUAGAUUAAAUGGUACAACUCAGUGAUCUAUAAAUGCACAUAUUGUAAUAUGGGGUUGUUGGUUUGCGGUACAUAAAGUACCGGUAGUGUUUUUGUGUCUGAUUUGAUCUCAGGUUUUAAAAAUGGAUAGGAAGGUAAAUGUUUAGCACCAGUUAAUGUUUUCUUUUUUAGUCGCAGUAAGUUUGAGUAAAGAUCUUCUAAUAUCAUAAUAUAAAUAUAUUUACUCAACAACAACUCAGCAGUUGAUGGAACAUUUGAGGAAAUUGCCAUUUCUUGUGACUAUAAUAGAAUUUUUUUUAAUUUAUUUGUUAUCUACUUCUGCAUUAUUUUAACCUAAAGACAUAGACUAAAUAAGUUAAUAACUUUAAUUUUUUUAAAACUGAAAGGUUUAUUUGUAUUUUUAAAAUAUUAAACAAAAAAUAAGAACUAUUAUUUCCUUUUAUGCCUUCUAACACAUUUUAAACCUUUUUUUUUUCAGUCAAAGAAUGCUGAUUUUUACUCUCAGUAUGUGACUGAGGAUUUCACUACCUACUUAAAUCGUAAACGCAUGGAUUCAUGUCAUGGCAAUCAUCUGGAGAUCCAGGCAAUGACAGAACUAUUUAACCGGCCAGUGGAAGUAUAUCAGUAUAGCUUAGGUAAUCUACAUUUCACUACGUCUUUUUUAAUAACUUUGUGCAAUUUUCAAGAUCAUUCAAGAUUCUGUUCCUUUAAUAAAUGAACAGGAUAUGUUAAAGGGUGCCAGCAAAAUAUUCAGACAUCUUUAACGGUCUAUGCAGUGCUUCAAGAUGGUAGGGCCCAUCUAUCUGUAAAAUGGAAAAAAAAAAGACAAAUGGCCAAUUCAUCGGCCUAAUAAUACAAGCUGGCUGGUCUUUGUACCAGCUAAAAGAUUGCUUCUCGUAUUUCUUGCCCAUCUCACCAUAAAUAUGUCACAGACAGUUCAAGCUCUUCUCUUUAAUUAAUAAAUUAACAUAUUUUGAAAGGGUGUAUCGCAUUUAAAGCAGCACAAGUUCAUAGAAAUCGGAGCAAAGUCUUCAAAUGUGCAAAUACCGGACUAAUAUUAAUGUGUAAUCGAGCUAAGAAAGACAAUAAGAUCUUUUUAAACUUUGAUAAUCUGCAUUUUUUUCAAAACAGAUAUAUAAAAAUGAGAAAAAAUAUAUACCAAAAAAAAUUAUUUUAAAAAAAUUUGUCAACCCUCAGUGGUUGAAAUGGUAAUGUAACAUACUUUGAGAGUUCAUAUAUUAAAUAUAUACUUUCAUGAUCAAUUAGGAUAUUGUGUUAAAUUUCCUCUGUGAUCUUAAUCUUUAUUUGAAUUAAUUUUAAUCCUUUAUUUCAUGUGUAUUUCAUUAUUUCAUUUUGAAUAGAAGAUAGAUACAUUCUUAACUGAAUAAAUCAUGUAUAUUUUUCUUUAUAUCUCUCCAAUGGCAGACCCUAUGAACACCUUUGACACAGCCUACAAGACAGAUAACCCUCCAAUUCGCUUAAGUUACCAUGGCAAUGUUCAUUACAACUCAAUUGUGGACCCUUAUUUGGCAUCGAUUGGUGUUGGCUUGGGGCUUCCUGGUCUUCAGCCUGGGGUGGGUCUUUACUAUAGAUGAGCAGUUUUUAAUUAAUUUUAUCUAGGGUGGGUCUUUACUUCAUUUUAACAGUUUUUCAAUUGUUUAUUGGGAGUGUGGCUCUUUACUCAAUAAUAUCAGCAGUUUUUAAAUUGUUUUAUUUGGGAUGUCUUCACUUUGUCAAUUUUUCAAACAUUUUAACCUGGACACACUUAACCCUUUACGGUCCGAUGCGCCGAUUUUUCCCUUAAGCUUACAGUCCAUUGAGGCCAAACCCACCCAUUUUGAGGGUGUUUACUUUCGUUCUUAGCACAGCGGAAAUCCAUUGCGCAUUACUAUUUAUAGUUCUACCAGAAGAAAGCCUCAUUGUUGGCAUUUAUUUUGAUACUAGUUUGACCGCUGUGCGUUUAGGGGCUCAUUUUCUACUAUUUUUUUAAAAGUUGAGAUUUUUUCGCUGUAAAAUUGGCUUUACAAGCCUUGGAUAAAAUUUUGAAAGAACUUAGGCCUAAUGAAGCUACACUAUUUCAUGAGUCUAGCAGCGAUAGUGAUGAAUCUGAAAGAGGCAUUAAUUUAAAUGACGCUACAAGUGAUAAUGAUUCAAGUGAAGAAGAUAAUAGUGAUAGAAACAUUGAUGACAACAGACCUAUCAAUUCCACUCCAACUGAUCAGCAAGAUCAUGAGUGGUCUGGGAAUUUUUCUCAAAUCAAAGUGGGAGGGUCCCUGAAACUGUUUUUAGGUUUAACGUUUGCUUCAAUCAUUUAUUUGUACUUAAGUUAAUUUAAUUAUAUUCUCUUGCUUCUAGUUUAUAUUCUGUAAAUUAAUUAGAUAAAGACCCUUCAUUUAAAAUGGAGUUAUGUCCCUUUGCUUGGGCGCUGGGAGUAGACAAGGCUGAAUAGGCCUGGACUGUAAAGGGUUAAACUGAUUUAAAUAUAUAUAUAUAUAUAUUUUAACUUUCAUAUAUAUUAACUUUCUGUACUGUAAUUUUUAUUCCAUUAUUAAAAAAUUUGCACCUGUGAUCUGUUAAUGACACAUGAUUUGAUAACAACUUCUGAAGAAAUUAAACUUAAAAAUAUUGAAUUUCCUGACACGUGCUAUAGAGUGUUUAUUUUGUCGAGGUCGUGUGAUGUUAAUUGUUUUUUAAAUAUGUUUCAUUAUCUUUUUUCUAUGAGUCAUUUUCAUAUUUAUUCUAUUUCAUUUAUUUUACAUUUUCAGCAGGCAGAAAGAAACUUAAUGCAUGAUGCUAUAAAAAGCUCUGAAAAUUUCCACAUAGAGCAGGUAUGUGUAGGUGGCUGGAUUAAAAGAGUUUUAACAACCAUCCUAUUGUUUGAGCAUUUGAAGCCUAAGUUUAUUGAACAAAAGUAUAGACUGAAUCUUUUACAGUCUAAAGCUUUGAUUAAGAUUUUGGAAAGAAAUGUACAACUGCACUGGUGGGGGUCUAAAGCUGUGAUUUUCAAACUGGUGUACUGCCAAUCACAUUGAUCCAGUUGGUACACAGAGGUGUAAUGAAAGUAAACAAAUAUAUUGAAAUUUUUAUAUAAUUUUUAAAAAUGUAUUUUCAUUCACCUUGACCCCAAGUUGACCUUGAUUAACCCACAUUAGUAUUGAAUUCAUUUGGUUUAUCUUCAAACAAGAAACAAAAAUACAAUACUUUUUGUACAGCUAUGAUUUUCCUAACAAUCUUGUCUCAAUUUAUAUAUGUAUUUAUAUGACUUACUAAGAAUUUUGCCUCUCCCUGGUUACAGACUAUGCUUCAAGACAAGUUGAGAGAGACAGACUGGGAAGUAACUCAGGACACAAUAGAGGAGCAAGUGGCCAGGGAGUCUUACCUUCAGUGGCUGAGAGAACAAGAGAAAGCAACUCGCAGAACCAAAGGAGCCAAUGUAUGUUAAUGCAUUAUUUGCCAACUUGCAAUUUCUUAUAUAUCUCAUCUACUGUGAUGUCUUAACAUUAAUUUCAAUAUUUACUCCAUUUUCAUUAAACAAUAUUUUUAAGAAUUUAAAGAAAACAUUUUGUUUAAUGAAGUGAUCUAAAAUUACUUAAGUUAUUCCACUUGCUGGAGUACUUAGCUCACUCCCCCUAGUACAGUACUUAACCCAUUCUUCCUAGUACAGUACUGAACUCACUCUCGCUACUGAAAGUACUGAGCUCAUCCCUCCCCCCUACUGAAGUACUGAACUGUCUAAAAUAGCACAGAAUCUCUGCACAAAGUAUAGUAAUACUUAAUGGAAACAAAAGUGUAUCCACUAAUUUUUAAGAAAAGUUCUUUUGCUCUUGUAUUUUUAUUUCGAAGCAAUGAGAUCGUCCGUUUUGUUUCAUGUGUAGGCCAGGACAGCAAGUGCUACAUGCAGCUCCACCAGUGACGUCACUCACAGCUCUGUGGAUUCUGGCCCCAUCAGGUCCCCACGACAGCUGCGAAGUGGGAAUAGUAGCCCUCAGCAACAGCAUUCAGCUGAGGAUCAGUUUGUAUCAUUGCCUGGUGAGCUGAUGAUUUUAAACACUAUCAGAACUUAAAGCUGCUUUAUUUCUCAAGCAUUGAACAUAGCAUUGUGGCAAGUAAUUGCAUUUGCAAUUUUUUUUUUUAAGCGUCAGUCUCAAUACAUAAUUAUAAUCUUUACAGGAAUUGCGUUCAUUUAGUUUACUGGAAUGAUGGAGUGUAAUGAACUGUUCGUUUAAUCAAAUUUUGGCCUUGAUCUUCCCAUCUUAGGCUCAUCUAAGUCACCCCGACAAAGUCCACAGCAAAACUCACCAAGUGGAGCUAGUGCUAAUGUUGAGGAAACUAAUGGUAGAUUCAAUGAAACUGUCAUGAACCAAUUCACUCCAUCCCUCUACGGUAAAGAGUUUCUAUAUCACUGACUCGCUAAAUGCAAAGUCAUAUUUUCUUAACAUAAAUGAAUUCUACCUUUCACACUUGUAGUACUGUGGGAUCUGGCUAAAACUGAUGAAUGUUAUAUAAUGUGUUUGUGGCAUGGCUCACAACUUACUCAUUCGCACCUUAAAAUAUAUUUUUUUUAAUGGCUUGACAAACUGUUUAACAAAAUGCUCACCUUCACUAAAUGGGAUGGCACCACGUAGGAAUUUGAAUAUUGCGUGAUCGUGGCAUUGUUCCUGCUAUUUGAAAUUGAUAAAUGUAUCAAAGAACGAAAGCCACCAAGAUGUUGGCCAGUGCAUCGCUGUGUUAGUGGACACAACCGUUUGGAAGUAAAUCCACUUUAAUUGAUUUAAAAUCCCAGUGCUCUUGGGGCUGCACCACAUUUUAAAAUGAAUUAAUGUUUAGCUGAAAUGUUGUUGUUUUUAAAUAUUGGAACCCCAUCACAGUGGGAAUUCUGUUGAUCCAGAAAUCUUUUAUUCAUUCGCACAUGAAUGUUUUUUUUUUUUGCAUAGUACUCGAACAAGUAUUUAUAGUCUUGUAAAAUACUAUUGCAAAUUAAAUUUUUUAAAUUUAACUUUACUCCCAUAUUAACUCCCUAACCUCCAGAGAAUUUAAAAAAAAAAAAAAAAAAAAAAAAAUCAGUAUUUUAAAAUGAAAUCUUCUGUAUUCAUACUUUCAAAAAAUAUCAAGUGCUAUUCACACACAUAAUGCCUUAUGGUGUUACUAGACACAACCAGUUAAAAAUAAAUCUACUUUAUUAGCUGUCAAAUCCCAAUGCUCUUCACGUUUAAUCAAGGCUUCUUGAGAAACUUUGUGAUACCUGUCACUAGGCGUCUCGGACUCAUUAAGAGUUGACGGAGUAGAUUGAAGAUAUAUGUUGUAAACCCCGCAUUUAGAGCUUUACGGAUCCCAGUUAUCACAUUAUAUUGAGGUUUCACUGAAGUAAACUUGUCUAGAUAGCUCAUCUGCUCACCUGUAACCCUUAGGUCUGUCUGACUGGAGUGAAGAGGACAUUCUGGCCCAGGUGAUAGCGCAGUCACAACAAGAAUACCUUGAUACCUUGAAAAAGAGAGUGAGCGGCCCCUCCUCCACCACCACCACACACCACCCGUCCACCUCUGCCUCCUCGUCAUCCUCUGAUGGUGCGGGCUUCAGUGGUGCAUCCACCUCCACCAGCUACAACAACCUUACCUACAAACACGGAAAUACCAACAAGAGCUAACGUCAGAUUGAAGCUUAGUAAUGUAUUUAAUAUUAGUAUGUAGACUAUUCAUUUUAUUCUUAUAUAACUCUUCUAUUCAUGUCUACAAUGAAUUUUUUUUUUUUUUAAAUUAAAAAAGUAAUCUCUCACAAAUUGCUUUUGUUGAUUGAAAGACAGAAGAAAAAAAUGUGUCCCUUAUGAGUGAUAUUUUCCGUUUGUUCAGAGCAAAUAAUAAACUGUUUAUUGUGCUCUUUGAGUUGACAUUGCUUUGGUUUGUUUGUUUGUUGAUUUAAGGGUGGUGUCAUUGGCUUUUGACCUGGUUAAUAGCAUUCUUCUUUGACCAGAUCAUGUAACUAGUGUUAGACCAUGGUUCUAUUGUUAGAUCACGGGCCUAGUGUUAGAUCAUGCAACUAGUCUUAGAUCAUGUAACUAGUCUUAGAUCAUAUGGCUAUUGUUAGAUCAUGGGGCUAGUGUUAGAUCAUACAGCUAUUGUUAGAUCAUGGGGCUAGUGUUAGAUCAUGGUGUUGCUCUGCUAUCUCCAUGGGAUGGCACAGGAAUCAUCAUGUUAAAAGCUGAAGCGUAACUGACACAUGCAUCAGUUCUUGACACAGCUGUAAGGUGUGUCCGAUUAUAAAUGAGAACAAAUUUUUUUGAUGACGCUUCCUUCAUUGUCUGUUGUAUCAUAUUCAAUUUUGUUUCAUUAAUAUUAUUUAAUUUAUACAGUUUGUUUUGUUCUUGUUAUUUUACUUGAUGCUUUUGUAAUGACAACUUGUUACUUUUCAAUUCACUCAAUGUAUCCAACAUCAUAAUAAGCAAGCGGAGCUGUAAUAUUUACUUUAUUCGACUUCCUCUUCUAUAAAAAAGGCCUGAUUUCAUGUAGUAAGGUUGCAACUAGUUUGGGGACGUUCUAUAUGUGAUCUGAUAUGAUUUUUAGGUCCAAGUCCUAGUGUUGAGGCUUAAAUGCUUAAAUUUAAAGCUUUAAAUCCUCUUGGCUAAACUGUUGUAUUGUUCUGUAAAAUAUUUUAUUAAAUUGUUAAAUAGUUCUGUUCUAUAGAAUUUUAGGUCUAUCUUAUCUCAGUUUCAAUGUAGCUUAAAACCUAAAAUUCGAUUUGAAAAAAUGUAUAAUGCUUACAAAAUUUUUCUCUGAUAGAAGUAAAUUAUUGUCUAUUAAAUCUUUGUUUAACAAUGGUAAUAUAUGUUAUAUUAAAAUAGAUCUAAGUGCUUGUUUGAUUAGAACACAACUUGGUCAAUUACUAUUACGAUAUGCUGGCUGAGUGAUUCUUGAACAGAAAAUUGUGUCUAUCUGUGACCAUAGUUUAACUAUAGGGGAAACACUGGUUCAUUGUGAAAGGUUAACUCUGAAUGUUGAGAUAAAUGAGACAUCAACUAUGCAUUUUUUCAAACGUGUAAUUUUUUCAUUAGUGCAGCGUGGGGGGAGUAAAAUAUCAACUUUUUUUUGUGGUUGCUGUCGUAGAGGAAUAAAUCAUCAACUUUUUUGUGGUUACUGUUAGAUGGGGAAUAAAAUAUCAAUUUUUAUUUGUGGUUACAGUCAUAGGGGAAUAAAUCAACUUUAUUUUUGUGGCUGUCAGUAAGGGAAUAAAAUAUCAAUGUUUAAAAAUUUUUUUGUUACUGUCAUAAGGGGAAUAAAUCAUCAACUUUUUUUUGGUAACUGUCAGUAGGGGAAUUAAAUAUCAAUUUUUGCUUGUCAUUGCACUGAUCUCAGCUGUGAUUUGAUGGAAAGUUUGCUGUGCCUCAUAUUUUUUUGUUUUUCAAUGGAAAUUAACGCUUCCUAAUAUUUUGAUAAAAUAUCCUUGAGAAUAAUAAAACUGUACCAUAGUUAAAA